AAUACUAUAUUACUUUAUCAUAAAAAGUUCAUUAUUCAUCUACCCACACCCAGAAGUUAUGACUACAGCCAGUAUUCCUUCUAGCGAUAAUUUGAGCGUUACAGUGGAGAAGCUUCAAGGUCUCAUUGAAAAUUUCAUAGAGCUUGGAGUCUUAGUUCAUGACAACCAAGGUACAAACCAAUCACAUACAGCCCUUAUUCAUAAAACCAAUCAAUUAAUUGGACAAUUGGGUGAAUUAGAAACAGAUAAAUCAACAGAACAAUAUCCAAUCCCAAUAGAUGUUGUUAGCUACAUUGAGGAUGGAAGAAAUCCAGAUAUCUAUACUCGUGAAUUUGUUGAACUGACUGCUAAAAGUAAUGCUCGAUUGAAGGGAAGAAUGAAAGGAUUUGAAAAACUUAGAGAUGUAUUGGGGGUUAAACUAGCUCAAGAAUUCCCAAGACUUGCUCCAGAGAUCGAAGAAAUAAAGAAGAGAACAAGUUCGACUUAGUUAAGAAUUAUUUGGUGCUGGCUUCAAUUAAUUCGUCUACGCGUAAUUCAUUUAUCAGUGACGAAGUAAUUACAGUGCCUAAUCAAUUAUCAAGUAUGAAAAUUUCGGUUGCCUUCCUUUUACUAUUUACAACCAAACUAGACGGUUCUAUUAAUUUGAAUUGUCAUGACUAAAGAAUAUGGUAAGCUAUAGUACAUCAAACGUUAUAUAUGUGAGAGAUAUUACAUCGUCUAAGUUUCUUGGUAUUACAGAUGCUUGCAAGGGUAAAUUAAACUAGUGGGAAACAAUUGUUGUCGUCGUCUUGGCAAAUCACUAUGAAAGCACCUUGGCUUAUGAAAGGAUAGAUUUUCUUCCCUAUUACUAAUGCAGUAUAUAUGUAUAUAUAUAGUACAUGCUCCUCCGAGAUGGGUCUUGAAUUAUUCUCUACAAAAUUUACCGCUUGGACAGACUGGGUGGUUUAUGCAAUUAUAUAUCAAUUCAAAUAUACACUCC